AUGAAACUUGUUUUCUGUAUCCUUUUUUUUGGCGUUGCAUCGGCGUUGCCGAAGGAAUGGAUCAAAGAUUUUAACCUCGGAAGUUUCAAAGGGGUCUUCCAAGACUUCAUCGAUGAUGACAAGUUUGAGGACCUCUUUAAAAACGACAAGCUCGGUGACUACAUCAAUGGCCUGAAAGGAAUUGGAGACAAGACCAAGGACACUUUGCAUAAGGCUACUGGUUUGAGAAAGAAGCUGGAUUCCGACGAGGAAUACAAGACCAAACCUGAAAGCAAGAAGCACUUUACCAAGUUCUUCAAUUUCAUCGCCAAGUAAGUUUACCGUCCCCAAAGUUUAGACUAUUGCUUUAGCUUCGAAAAGGCCUACGACAACGACAGCCAUGUUGAAGACCGUUUCCAGAAGUUCCAAGACUCUCUAUCCCUCAUCGACGACCUCCAGAAGAACAAUUCAUUGACGAAGUUCGGUCUGACUCAGUUCUCCGAUCUCUCCAGAGAUGAGUUCAUCAAGGGUUUCACUGGAAUCAAGGGAGUUGAGCAUGUCAAGCAGCUUCAUGGCAAUGCCUCUGAAGCCAUCCGUUCGAAGAGAGAUGCCGUCCCAGACGCGUUUGAUUGGAGAGAUCACAAUGGAGUCACCCCACCAAAGAAUCAACUGAACUGCGGAUGUUGCUAUGCCUUUGCCGCCAUUGGAGCCAUUGAAAGUCAGUUCAAGAUCCGGACCAACAAGACAUACGAUCUGAGUGAACAACAAGCUGUCUCUUGCACCUACCAAAGCUCAAAGUAUUCCAAUAACGGUGGUUGUGAUGGUGGCCAGUCGUUCGCAGUUUUCCAAUAUGCAAUCGACAACGGAUUAGGGACUGAGACAGACUUUCCGUAUACUUCGGGCGACAGUCAAACGAUACCCGCUUGCAAGAGCGUGACUGCAGCAGUGAAGGUAACAAGCCAUGCCUCCCUUCCAGCCAAAGAUGAAGUAAACAUGGCUAAAGUUGUCUAUGAGACCGGCCCUAUUGUCACUUGUAAGUCGAUAUCAACGAUGUCACGAAAUAUGUUUUCAGACCUUAAUGCCGACCAGAUGCAACAUUACCAAGGGGGAAUUUUGGACGCAGCUGAGCCAUCGGGCGGCUGGGAGAUUAACCACGCCGUUCUGACUGUCGGCUAUGGAGCUGAAAACGGGACUCCUUACUGGAUCAUCAAGAACUCCUGGGGGCCAACCUGGGGAGAAUCCGGGUUUGUCCGCGUUCGUCGCGGUACCAACAGCUUCGACUUGGCUGAGUACAACUACAGUGUUAACUAA